GGUUAUAAGCGGGAUUGUUUUGGUCAAGAUGGCUGGAAUUGCUUUUGCUUGUUUGUGCUCAACAUUUAUAUGUUUGUCUUUAUAUAAAAUAUAACAUAUAGACACCAGAAUGGACGCUUUUCAGAGGCACCGCUCACUUUAUAAGGGAACCACGCCGCCAUGGAAAGAAGCGUACCGCCAGCGAUGCGUAGACAGACUGAAAAACAGCCGAUCGAGGUUGCUGGAGCGAUACCGGCAGAUGGGGGAGAGCCAGCAGCGGAGCAUCGUCCAGGAGGUGAUGGAGGAGGAGUGGAGCGCCCUGCGGUCCGCGGACCACAGACUGCCCUCUCUGUGGGGGGCGGACGGUCAGGCAGAGACGUACGGUGUCAUGAAGGAGUAUGAUGAACUGGCGGUACUAGAAGAAAUCCAACAGGAGCUCAUGUUUCAAGAAAUGUCUAUGAUCGAGGAGUAUGAGAGGAACCUGCAGUUCGAGCAGCAGUACAUUUCAUCAGUCGUGGAGGAGAUGGAAGAGACACAUAUUAUUUGUCCAGUAUGUCGAGUGAACAACCUGAACAUCACCAGUUGCUUCAUCUCCUGUCCCUGUGGCCUUCACCUCAACACUAAGCAAAACUUCCCUCCUGACGUCCUGCAGCAGCUCCUGGAGUCCAAGAUGUCGGAACACACGGACGACUGUCCACACAACCCCGCUUUCUUUGUAGCUCCCAACACGGAAAGCUCCUCCAACCUGAUGAUCAGCUGCAAGGUUUGUGACUUCCUCUCCAUCGUCCUCUGACUUCAGCCAUCACGAGCCUCUUUAUUCAUGACAUUUUGUUUUUGGUUUUUUGUGCUCUGCAUGUUUCAAGAAAUAAAAUAUAUUUUUGAUUCAAAACAUGA